ACUGCGGCCAUGCGGGUGUUUGUGCUGUUCGCGGUGGCGGUGCUUUAUCUGAGCCCGGCGUCGGUGAGCGGAGCCGAGAAGAAGAAGCUGCAGAUCGGCAUCAAGAAGCGGGUGGACAACUGCCCCAUCAAGUCCCGCAAGGGAGACGUGCUGAACAUGCACUACACGGGCAAGUUGGAGGACGGCACGGAGUUUGACAGUAGCAUUCCCCGCGACAGGCCUUUCACGUUCACCCUGGGAACCGGGCAGGUGAUCAAAGGCUGGGACCAGGGCCUGCUGGGGAUGUGCGAGGGCGAGAAGAGGAAGCUGGUCAUCCCCUCCGAGCUGGGCUACGGAGACCGGGGAGCCCCCCCAAAGAUCCCCGGGGGAGCGACGCUUAUCUUCGAAGUGGAGCUGCUGAGCAUCGAGAGGAGAUCCGAUCUCUGACGAAGAAGAGGUGGACCGAAGGCAACUACUUACUACUAAACGUUCCAGGAGGAUCUGCUGCGUUCAGUGGAGACCAUCUGACCUCUGAUGAAGAUUACUUGGCAAAACAUGAGAAUAGAGCCACUGUGCCCCCUUCACUGGCUUGUUGUGCUCUGAUUUAUUGGACUGGAGUCAUUAGAUGAUAUAAGAACUGGCUGUAUGUCUGCGCUAAACAUUUACAGUCAGGAGUUAAGUGCAGUAUUUGACUGGGGGCUAAUGAUAACAUCUUCUCAUCUCAUUUUUGUUUUUUAAUUUUCUGUGAUUUGUAAGCGGGUUCAUUCAUAUCUGUGUAUUCUUUGUUUAACAAAUUUAGGUAAAUCUGGGGCCAGAUUAGAAUAAAUGGUUUUGUUCAAGAAUUUGAAUUAUGAUAAUAAAAUGUUUACUCUACAAGGA